CCCAACCAUGGCGAUUGAAUCACUCCGCAUCCGAGUCUCCAUCGACAGAGGCGGCACCUUCACUGAUGUCCACGCCUCAAUCCCCGGCAGAGACGACAUCAUCCUCAAGCUCCUGUCUGUCGAUCCGGCGAAUUACCAGGAUGCCCCGACAGAAGGCAUUCGCAGGAUCUUGGAGCUGGUGACGGGCGAGCAGCUGCCUCGAGGCCAGCCCCUCGACCUCUUCCACUUUGAGUCCAUCCGCAUGGGAACCACAGUCGCCACAAAUGCCCUGCUGGAGCGCAAAGGCGAGAGAGUCGCCCUCGUCACCACAAAGGGCUUCCGCGACCUUCUGGCCAUCGGAAACCAGUCGCGCCCGCAGAUUUUCGAUCUGUCAGUGGCGCGACCAGAAGUUCUCUACGACCAUGUAGUGGAAGUAGAUGAACGCGUAACCAUGGAAGAUUACACGGAAGACCCAGAGUCAAUCAAGACCACUCCCACAGCCCAAGAUUCACAGCUCGUCGCCGCAGUCACAGGCGAGACUAUUCGGAUCUUGAAAGAGCCUGAUUUGGGCGCAAUCCAGAAACAGCUAGCAGAAGUAUGGAGCGAAGGCUUCCGCUCCAUCGCCGUAGUCUUCAUCCACUCAUAUGCCUACCCCAACCACGAGCUUCUCGUCGGCAAGCUCGCUCUGGAGAUGGGCUUUUCAGUCACCUUGUCAUCAGAGCUUCAGCCCAUGAUCAACGUGGUGCCGCGAGGAACAUCGGCCAUUGCAGAUGCCUACCUCACCCCCAUUAUCAGGAAAUACAUCAGCUCCAUCGAGGCAAACUUCCGCGGCGGAUUCUCUUCUGCCGAUACCAGAAUCGAGUUCAUGCAGUCGGAUGGAGGACUGGCGGAUUAUCGCAAAUUCAGCGGUCUCAAGGCCAUUCUUUCAGGCCCCGCAGGCGGCGUCGUUGGCUACGCCCAAACGUCAUGGGAUGAGGAGGAGAAGCGGCCCAUCAUCGGCUUCGACAUGGGUGGCACAUCGACGGACGUAUCCCGAUACGCAGGUGUCUAUGAUCACGUCUUCGAGACCACCACAGCUGGCAUCUCUAUUCAAUCACCGCAGCUUGAUAUCCACACAGUAGCCGCAGGAGGCGGUUCUAUCCUCUCCUGGAGAAACGGCCUCUUCAACGUGGGCCCGGAGUCUGCAUCUGCUCAUCCUGGCCCAGCCUGUUACCGCAAGGGCGGCCCAUUAACUAUCACAGACGCGAACCUGUUCCUUGGCAGAAUCUUACCAGAAUAUUUCCCUAAAGUCUUCGGCCCCAAGGAGAAUGAGCCGUUGAAUCGGGAAAUUGUCGAGCUCAAGUUUGCGGAGCUCACAACCGAAAUUAACAAGGACAGAACGGCCUCUGGCCUCUCCCUAUUCUCGUCAGAGGAGGUGGCCCUCGGCUUCCUGAAAGUUGCCAACGAAGGCAUGGCGGGACCUAUCCGCGCUCUUACAGAGGCCCGUGGCUACGACGCCGCUGAUCAUCACCUUGCCUGCUUUGGCGGUGCAGGCGGACAGCAUGCUUGCGCGGUGGCCAAUGUCCUGGGUAUCUCUCGAAUCAUCAUGCACAAGUACUCUUCCAUCUUGUCUGCAUACGGCAUCUCACUAGCAGACGUUGUUCAUGAGACGCAGCGGCCCGCAGCGAUCGUCUACAGCUCAGAGACAGAGAGCGAAAUCCGAUCCCAGCUGGAUGGCCUAGGCCGACAGGCAACGGAUGCGCUCGUGAGCCAGGGAUUUUCAGUGGACCAAAUAACACACAAUUCUUACCUCAGCAUGAGAUAUGCCGGCUCAAAUAGCUCACUCAUGAUCCUCAAGGGUCAGGAUUGGGAUUUCAAGCGGGAGUUCGAAGACGCUCACAAGCGCAGCUUUGGGUUCCACUUCCCGGAGAAGGACAUCAUUGUGGAUGACAUCCGUAUCCGAGCCGUUGGCGGCACCGGCGCGAAGCAAACCAAGACUCCGUUUGCUCAGAUGAACAAGAUCCAGAGCCUUCGUCUUCCUUCACCUACCGCGGAUGGAUCAAAUCCAGUGUACUUUGAAGGCUCUGGACGUGUAGACACUCCCAUCUAUGAACUUCAAAAGCUUCCAGAGGGGUCACAAAUUGCUGGCCCGGCGCUAAUCAUCGACAAUACCCAAACCAUUGUCGUUGCUCCCAGAACAACAGCCACGAUCCUGAACAGCUACGUCGUGAUUGAUGGCGCGCUAAACACCAAGGGAUCCAAGACAAACGGCGAGCAGGAAGAGUUCAGUCCAAUUCAGCUCACAGUCUUUGGCCAUAGGUUCAUGGGCAUCGCAGAGCAGAUGGGUCGCACACUGAGGCGAACUGCCGUCUCAACUAACAUCAAGGAGCGUCUUGAUUUCUCAUGCGCAAUCUUCAGCCCCGACGGUGGCCUCGUCGCAAACGCACCGCAUGUGCCAGUCCACCUGGGAUCGAUGCAGUUCGCCGUCCAAUACCAACACCGCCUCUGGGAAGGAAAGCUUCGUGAUGGCGAUGUACUCGUGUCGAACCACCCCUCUUGCGGCGGCACACACCUUCCCGACAUUACAGUCAUCACACCUGUCUUUGAUGGAGACAAGCUUGCUUUCUAUGUUGCCUCUCGCGGCCACCAUGCUGAUAUCGGCGGUAUUCUCCCUGGCUCUAUGCCCCCUACCUCGUCAGCGCUCUGGCAAGAAGGCGCCGCUAUUCAAUCUACCAAGCUUGUCAGUGAAGGCCGCUUCGAUGAGGCAGAGGUUGUAAGGCUGUUGCUGGAAGAGCCUGCCCAGUACGAAGGCUGCUCAGGCACCCGAAGACUGCAAGACAACAUCUCGGAUCUCAAAGCCCAAAUUGCAGCCAACGCCAAGGGCAUCUCGCUGAUCAAGGGGCUUAUUGAAGAAAACGGCCUAGCUACCGUGCACAGAUACAUGUAUGCCAUUCAGCACACCGCAGAAGACGCUGUCCGUGCUCUGUUGAAGGAAACGCGUGCCAAGUAUGGCUCCGAGCCUCUUGUUGCGACUGACUACAUGGAUGACGGAACGCCUAUCACUCUAUCUAUCAGCAUUUCUCCGGAUGGAUCUGCUGUCUUCGACUUCACAGGCACUGGUCCUCAAGUGCUGGGCAACACAAACGCUCCCAUUGCCAUCACGCAUUCUGCCAUCAUCUACUGCCUGCGCUGCCUGGUAUCAUCUUCCAUCCCCCUAAACCAAGGUUGCCUGGCACCUAUCAAGAUUGUCAUCCCUGAAGGAACCAUCCUGAAUCCCGGGGACGGCCUCGCUGUUGUCGGUGGCAACGUGCUAACAUCCCAGCGCGUUACUGACGUUGUUCUCCGCGCAUUCAACGCUUGUGCCGCCAGUCAAGGCUGCUGCAACAACCUCACGUUCGGUACCGGUGGAAAGGAUCCCAUCACUGGGGAGCACAAGGAGGGCUUUGGUUAUUAUGAAACCAUUGCUGGUGGAUCUGGUGCUGGGCCUGACUGGAUCGGCCAGAGCGGUGUCCACACGCACAUGACAAACACAAGAAUCACCGACCCUGAGGUUUUCGAGAAGAGAUAUCCGUGCAUUUUGCGGCGCUUCGAGCUACGCAAAGGCUCGGGAGGAAAGGGCCGCAACGGUGGCGGUGACGGAACUGUUAGAGAGAUUGAAUUCCGUGUUCCCGUGCAAUGUUCCAUUCUCAGCGAGAGAAGAUCACGCCGUCCUUAUGGCAUGGAGGGCGGAGGAGACGGCGAGGCUGGUCUGAACAGCAUCAAGGUCACAGAUGCGGCAACGGGGUUGAAGAGAGUCAUCAAUCUGGGGGCCAAAGCUACCACAAGGCUGAACGCCGGAGAGAGCGUUGUGAUUGAGUCCCCCGGAGGAGGUGCUUGGGGACGAAUCGAGGCAUGAGUGAAGUACUACGUACCAAUAGGGCAUUGCACUGGGUUUGUUUAUGCAUCAUGAUAAUAAGACUACUUUGUAGGUAGUAGUAGUAGAAUCCCGGGUUUGGGAUAUCUGCCAGAUAUGUUAUAGAAAGAUUUCUUCACCU